AUGUCAUACAACUCGUUCUCAUAUCGCCGACGGGUCACACAAGCAUGCGUCAACUGCCGUAUGCGCAAAACGCGUUGCGAUGCCGCUGAGCCCAAAUGCGGGCUUUGCACCACGCAGAACGUCGAUUGUGUGUAUCGCGAUGCAAGACAACCAAAAAUCGAUUAUAACACGCAAGUUCUCCUAGAACGAAUGCAGCUCCUUGAAGAUCGCAUUCUUUCCAACUCAUCUUCGACAGCUCGACAGAACCCUGGGGAAUCUCGGGGUUUGGGUACAGAACAGCCGGCUUUGGUCGAGCAAGUCGAACGACAGUCAGACACCUUGCAUGUAGGAAAUACCGUGCCGCAAGAACCUGUGUUUGAAGUUCAGAUACCUUUAUCACAUACAGCAAACGCCAAUCAUGUCUUCUCAUGGCGUCUCGUACAGGAGCUUCUAUCAGAGACGAGCAAAGACGGCCAUGACAUCCAAGCCCACUGUGAUGCAACAGAUGUCUUUUUCCAUCAUCGUCCGAACAAUUCUCACCCUUCAACAAGAUCACACCCCCCUAGCUCAUGGAAUCUUUUUGACAGGAUCACAGAAUCAUUUCACAAUUCGGUAGAUGACACGGUAUUGCGGCUUUGUGGCCUAAUUCACCUUUACUUUACAGACGUCAACAUUUUCUUUCCGCUCUUAUUGAAAAGCGAUAUGAUCGAGAUUUUCGAGGCUGUGAUAGGAAGAGAGGCCUACGGCGAUGAACGGAUCAGCGUUGUUGAGAUGCCUCAGUACGGGCUGCUUCUCGUCGUUCUUUGCCUCGCUCUACUAAGUUCUAGUGGCCGAUCGAAUAUUCGGCUGGAUGGGAAAGGUGAAGAUCGUCGACCUUCAUCAAAUUCCGACGACACUGUCGAAGCACAAACCCGACUCAUGUACCAUCUGUGGGACAAAGUGAGACUUGUGUUGGGAUACAUCUCCACUGACAUGUCAAUCGCCGCUGCGCAAAGCAGCAUGCUAGCAAGCAUAUUCAUGGGCGCAUGCGGUCAAGUAGCUGAAGCCUUUCACUGGGCACAUGCAACUGCUGUCAAGUGUGAGAGUAUGGCUCGAUCGUACGCAAAGAACGAACCCAUCCCGGACUCAUUUCGGCGGUUGUACUGGAUCUCCUUCAUCUAUGAAUGUGAUUUCAUAUCCGAAAUAUCAGUUAUCUCGCCCUCUGGUAUAGCAAGAUCCGAAAACAAAAUCCCAUAUCCAGCUUUCACAACACAGAAUUAUGCUGUCUCACCUUCAGCACCAGAAUCGUCCGAAAUGAAUUCAACAAGAAGUCAGGAAGAACUGGUGGCUUUCCAGAUAACGACAAACUCGGCCAUCAGACGCUUCCUAAAUACAGUCAACAGCGUAGUCUAUGACGAUAAGGAACAGUUCAGGACAAGACAAUCGAAUUACGCGUGUUGGCUUCUCAGGAUCUCGGAAGAUCUAUGGUCACAUCAUUCGGCCAUUUAUCGAAAUCUGCCCGAGUUUCUUCUAACCAAUUCCUCACAAGACGUUUCUAUGGCAGGAACUGAUACGGAGUCUCCUGCAAGUCUUCAAUCACCAACUGCGCGUAUUCGAGAUCUACCGACUGGAAAUAACUCGUGGAACAUCCUGCGACUGAAGGGAAGAUAUUACGCAGGACAGUAUAUCAUUCACCGACCAUUUAUCGAGUUCAUCGUUCUUAACAUCGAUAAUUUCGAGACACAUCCUUCCAAAGAUGCCGUCCUAAAGAAAUCCAAGUCUUGCUUGGAUGGAUGCGUGGGCUUCAUAAAAGUAUUCGAUGUGGAAACAGUCAAUGCUUUAACCUGUUUAUUUCCAACGGGCAUGGUAACAUUUACCAUGACCAUUAUCUUGAUGAUAUCGACGAUAAUCCCAGUUCUACAUGGGCUUCUACCUAUAGACGUGGAAGAAGUCAUUGAGACCGGAAAGAGGAACCUCUUGCGAUUCAGCCAAAGCGUGACACAAUUCGAGUGGCACAUUCAAGUGCUGGAAAACCUCGACAGAGCGAGACGAGCUAGAAUAGCGAGACGUGGCAUAUGA